CAGGUUAAACUGUUUGUUGGUUAUAUAAAGAGAUAUAAGAAAAGUUGUAUAUAUAUUCACAUCACAAAAACUGAGAUCAACACUUUACUUUCUCUCUGCCAAAAUUUGCAGAUAUGGAUGAAGAUAGUAUUGAUCACAACAAGUCAGUGAUUAUAGAUAUUCCAACAGAUUUGGAGUCAAACCAAUGGUCAAAGUGUUGGAUUCAUAGAAUUCCCAGAAAGUUGAGGAAAGUCAAAGAAUCUGCUUACACUCCUCAGCUGAUUUCAAUAGGUCCAUUCCACCAUGGCCGAGAAGAGCUCAAAGCUAUGGAGGUUCUCAAAGAAAAGUACCACCAAAAGCUUCUUCAGCGUCUUCCCAAAGAUGGGUCAGUCUCAAACCAGAUGGAGGAGUUCAUUAGAGAUUCCUAUAAAGAAAUUCACGGUAGAUAUGCAGGGUUGAGCAACAACGGAUUUGAUGAUGAAGACCAAGCGUUCGAGAAAAUUAUUAUGAGAGAUGCUUGUUUCAUUGUCGAGCUUUUUCAGAGGAACGAUUCCAAGAAAGAGUCUGACGAUGAUUAUAUCUUAUCCACACCAUGGUUGAAGAAAGCUAUUAAGCUUGAUUUGAUCAUGUUAGAGAAUCAAAUACCCUUUUUCGUUCUCAGACAGCUGUACACCAUUACUGCUCCACACCUCCCUUCUGUCAAUGUUCCAAUCACUCAAGCUAGUAACCACAUGAACCCGUUUCUGAAACUCACUUGUUCUUUCUUCAAAGAUCACAUAGUGAAAGAAUCUGACUGGGAAAAGUUUGCUGAGAUCAAAGAGAUCAAGCACUUCACCAACUUGCUCAGAGAGUUUUGGCUUCCAAGGGAGUUCAUAAAGCGUAGAAAUCCACAACAGAAGGACAUAGCAGACAGAAAAUACCUCUACUCUGCCACAAAGCUCGACAAGGCCGGAGUCACAUUCAAGCGAGCGAGCAAAGGAACAAGCUUAGCAGAUGUGAAGAUUUCGAAGAAGCCGGUGUUGAAGUUCAUACCAGCUAGUAAAGGUAUGAAGCUGAAACUACCUGAGUUGAAGCUUGAAAACGACACAGAAUGUUUGCUGAGAAAUGUUAUGGCUUUGGAGCAGUGUCUUUAUCCGAAAGAGGAUUACAUCUGUGGAUAUGUUGCCUUGAUGGAUCAGCUCAUCAACACCAGUGAAGAUGUUGAUUUUUUGGUCGAGAGGAAGAUCAUUACUAACAUGCUUGGCAGUAACAAGGAGGCUGCUAGGUUGUUCAAUGGUCUGUGUAAUCAGAUUCCGAGGGAGAAGACUUUCUAUGCUCGUUUUUAUAAUGAUCUGAACAAGUUUUAUGAGAAUCGUUGGAAUGUUACAAGAUCAACACUUAAGAAGGUUUACUUUAAGGAUCUUUGGACUGGGAGUUCUACUGUUGUUGGACUGUUUGUUCUUGUUUUUACUGUUACUGCAACCAUUAGAAAUGUCUACCUUAGACACCUAUGAGAUAUAUAUACAUAUAUUUUCUAAUAAAGACAUGUUUGUAUGGAAUAAAAACUAUAUAUGACCUAUAAGUGUUUGGUGGUGUAAUAUCUCUUCUUGGUGAAUUUGGUAAAAGCUUUUAAUUUCUCAAAUAUUUGUAAUAUUGUCACUGUUGUAAUUUAAUUUAGUAGCAGGUGUCACAUAUUUUUUUACACCAAUAAAGAUAGGUCUUGAGCACCUUAGUGUGCAAUUUAGCAUUAA